AUGUCCGAACCCUCUGCUGAGCUACUUCAGUCUCUUCUUGAAGCCUUUGCGCCUGGUAUAUCAUGGGUUUUUCGACUCAUGUCAGCAAUUCUGGGAAUCGACGUGUUUGCCCUUUCGCUCUACAUAUUUCCAUUUGUUGCUCUACCCGCUAUCUCAACAUUCAUACUUCCUUGGGUAUGGCGGUUGCUAGGACCCAUUGUGUUUCUUUUCAUCUCCUCCACAACUGUCCGACACCGUAACAAUUUAUACCCGCAAGUUCUGAGAUGGAUGCCCAGUCGCAAAUUUUACAGCUGGGUGGGCUCUGUGAUUGCUGGGACCACGGAGACUUUUGGAUUCCUUUGGGAUUCCUAUCAUAAUACACCCGAACUGGAAGAUACAGACAACCCAUUGUAUCGAGGGAAGCUAGUCAAAGUUCUUUCCUCACCUGGCCAGCGAAGCCUUCUUUUCUUUCGGUAUGAGGGUUGCUGGCUUGCUCUUUACCGUGACCCGCAUAAGAAUCCUACAGAUUCCUUUUCGAGAAAUGCCGAGGAUAUUAUUUUUUAUUACUUCUCUUGGAAUAAGGCUGUUGUGGACAGACUCCUGAGAGCCAUUCUGGAGUUCAACAUCGACUGCCGCCGCGGGAAGUUACCGGUAUUCUGUGCACACCAGGACAAGCACGGUGCAAGUUGGCGAAAAAUGUGCGAUGAAACGCCCCGAAGCCUUGAAAGCCUAGCAUUGGAUGAAACGAUGAAGAAAAAAGCCAUGAGUGAUGUGGGAGAAUUCCUCAGCGGAUCCGUCCAAGGCUCAUACGAAAAACGUGGCAUCCCGCAUCGGCGAGGUUAUCUACUCCAUGGUCCACCAGGUACUGGUAAAAGCAGCUUCUGUCGAGCAAUUGCCAGUCACUUUCAGCUUCCGAUAUAUGUAAUCAACCUUGCUAUUGUUGAUAAUUAUGGGCUCCAGGAGUUAUUUCGAACCCUACCGCCAACACCACAGCAAUGUCUAGUUCUACUGGAAGAUGUCGACGUAGCAGGGAUCCAGAGCCGCGGCGACCCUGCUACCAGUGAUAAUGGGACGACCCCUCAGAAGACAGUAACACUGGCAUCCCUUCUCAAUGCUUUAGACGGAAUUGGAGGGCACGAAGGCCAUAUACUCGUUGUCACCACGAACGUCAAGCCGGCUCUUGAUUCCGCCCUGACUCGACCUGGGCGAAUUGACAGAGAGCUAGAGUUCCAAUAUCCCGACUCGCAAACUAUACAAAAAUAUUUCUGCUUUUUUUUCGAUGGGUAUUGCGCAGAGAACGGCCAAGAAAAGAAGAGCCUUGAGGAGUUAGGUGUGGCCUUCUCAAAGUCCAUUUCUCAUCUGAAACUGUCACCUGCUACAAUACAGGGGUACUUCUUGAAGUGCCAUGGAGACCCGGCCAUCGCAGUUCAAAACUGGCAAGAUAUUGAAGAAAAGGAUGUGGAGGAUAUGAGUGCUUGGAUAGACAUGCGAUCAGUCCAGGGCGGUGGGUCCUACGACCGCCCUCUCGUUUCACUUCCGCCCUUGGCCUUCUUUUCCUCCCUCUUCUCUUCUCCUUAG